CGGAAGUACAAAGUAGAGCUUCCGGUUAAAUACAAACUAUGCAGCGCCGCAGUUGUCAUUCCCUUCAGCGUGCCUGACCAGUUGGAUAAAUCAUGCUGACCCCACCGAAGGAGGGGAUGCCCAGUAUCAUUGACAGGGCGCUGAGGAUGAGGCGGGAGGAGCAGGCGCGACAAGUGGUCCUGGCCUGGGCUGUUCUCAAUAUGUCCCUGGCUGGCAUGAUUUACACUGAAAUGUCGGGGAAAUUGCUGAGCAGAUACUAUAACAUCACAUACUGGCCUAUCUGGUACAUCGAACUGGUGCUGGCCUCUCUCUUUAGCCUCAAUGCUCUUUUUGACUUCUGGAAAUAUUUUAAAUAUACAAUGGCUCCCUCCACAAUUGCUGUAUCACCUGAACAACAUCGCCUCCUCGGUCUGAGAAAGACAGGUAUUCAAGCUUCUCCAAUCCAAAAGCCAGAAAAGAAGGAGACUCCAGCUCCAGCCCAGUCCUCCCCACUGCAGGGUCAGAGCGUGCUGAGUUUUAGUCCCUCUCGACCACCAACCACGAGCCCCAAAUUUUCUCCUAGUUGUGUGCCUGGAUACAGCCCUCCUCUGAGCAACCCUUCCACUCCAAACAGUGCAGGAGGUCCAUUUUCACCCUCAGUGGCAUUUGGAAAGGUGUUGAACUACAGUCCCUCCCCUGGCUCAUCUCCCUACUCCAGCAGUAUUGGGCCAGUUGAAGGCUCCAGCUUGAGGGCUCGAUAUCGCACAUCCCCCUCAGUAUUUAACUCCCCUGGAAGCAAAGAGGACUACAUGGAGGAUGUGAAAAGUCUGGAGAGGUUCCUCCGUACAGAAGAGGAGAAGAGUCACCGCAGCCAGCUAGGGAGUCCAGAGUCUGUCUCCCCAAACCACAGUCCAACAUUUUGGAACUAUAACCGCUCAGUGGGAGAUUAUGCCCAGAGUUUGAGGAAAUUCUUGUAUCAGCCAGCCUGCCGUUCUCAGGCCCCAUCUGCCCACAAAGAUGAGACUGACCUUGGUUCUAAACAGGCUGCAGAGGAGGUUUGGGCCAGAAUCACAACCAGUCGCCCUGUAGUGGACCGCAUUGACAGUUGGACUGCCAAGCUUAGAAAUUGGAUCAGUGACACCAUAUUGGUCCCCUUGGUCAAAGAAAUUGACUCUGUGAACAGUCAGCUGAGGAGAAUGGGCUGCCCUGAACUCCAGAUAGGAGAGGCCAGCAUGAGCAGCCUGAAGCAGGCAGCAGUGAUGAAAGCUUCAUCCAUACCUACCAUGAACUCUAUUGUCCAGUACCUGGACAUCACACCCAACCAGGAAUAUCUUGUUGACCGGAUAAAGGAGCUGGCCCACAGUGGCUGCAUGAGCUCCUUUAGAUGGAAUGGUGGUGGUGAUCUAAAGAACAGGAAGUGGGACACAGACCUCCCGACUGACUGUGCUAUCCUCAUGCAUGUGUUUUGUACAUAUUUGGACUCCAGACUGCCCCCACAUCCCAAAUACCCAGAUGGGAAGACUUUUACCUCUCAGCACUUCAGCCACACCCCAGACAAACCAGAUGUGACCAAGGAGAACCUCUUUUGCAUCCACCAAAGCAGCACUACACCCCCCCAUUACCAGCUCAUCUAUCAAGGAAACAUCUACAGUUUACCUAAGGGCAGGAACAACUUGUUCCACACAAUCCUCAUGUUCCUUUAUGUCAUUAAAACCAAGGAGGCAGGGAUGCUGGGGAGAGUAAACCUCGGCCUCUCUGGCGUGAACAUCUUGUGGAUAUUUGAAGACUAAAGCAUUGUGGGUUACAGGCAAAAAAAAAAAAAAAAAACUUCAAGUGGACUAUUCUCCUCGUUACUGUAUGGCUUUCAAGGGCAAAUCGAAAAAUCAGUACUUCACUUUAAGAGACUGAAAUUCAGAUUUUUGGACUCAGUUUUGGGGGUGACUUUGCCAUCAUAGUGCAUUAUCACAAGCAUUUUAAGAAUACAGUUCCGUUACACCACAAUGCGCUUACAGUAAAAUGUAGUGCUGUAUUUUUUUAACAUUUUGUUUUCAGUUUUUGAGAAUGUACCAGCACGACAGCCUUGUAAAUAAUAUACCUCAGAUUUGGUGGAUGAUAAAGGACUCAUACCCCUCAGAUUGAAUGUAAAUAUGGUAUGUGUGAACUUUUUUUUUUGUCUUAUGUAAGUUUUCGCAACUUUUGCUACUUGUCUGAUCUUUUGUUUAGAGAGUGUCUGCAUAAAUGGGGAUAUUCCUGUCAUGCUUGAAAUCACAUGGAAAUUAGACAUGUUUAAAUGGAAGUAAUACACCAGGAAUGCCAGAAAUCAAGUAUUCUGUAGAAGCAACUUUUUUCUUUUUUUUUUUUUUUAAUUAAUACUAGGCUGUAAAAUAAGACAUCAUAAUGAAUACAAAAUGGAGCACAAAUGAAAAGCUUUAAAGUGCCAAAGUAUAAGUAUCACUGAUUAUGAUGCAUUUUAUAUAUUAAAAAAAGAAAGACAAUUCAUACCAUUUACAGCCCUUUUGUUGUGAUUUUUUUGGAUUUCUGACCUUCCAUGUUGCUUGUUUUCAGACAUUUUACAAAUAUUACCUGAAACGUGAAAAUAAAUUUGACACUGAAAUUGGU